UGAGCUUUCUGUGAGUUGUAAAAGGUCUGUCAAAAGGUUUGUUUUCCAAAGAGUGGUUCACUUCAUAUGUGUUUGGUCUCAGUGUGGUGGUACAGGUGAAAAGGACACAGGGUCACAACAUUGUCAGAGAUCUUUGCCUUGGUCGAGUCUGUGGAGAGCUCAAUCGAAGAGGAAAUUUCCAAGGGAGCUUUAUUUCCUGCGCCGUUCUGUGCGGCAUCUGCUGGCUGGAAUGAGGGGGCUCGGGAGCCACCAUUGCGUCUGGCUCCUGUUGAUCGUCUUCUCCAGUGUCUUUGGUGUUUACUUUCCUCCUCACGUGGAGCAGCUCCCGACCAUCACCGGUCAGACCUCAGGCUCUCUCAUUGCCUUACCGUAUGAUGACAGCUACAUCCUCAAGUGUGAGGCCAAAGGCAACCCAAGACCAACCUACCGUUGGACAAAAGAUGGAAUGGAUUUUUACCCGCAUAAAGACCCUCGACUCUCAACAGAAGAGACUAAUGGGACUUUUGUGAUACCCAACAUUAAAGAUAAAGUGAAAUACCAGGGAAAGUACAGAUGUUACGCCACAAACAAGCUUGGAACUGCAAUAUCAGAUGAAACUGAAUUUAUUGUGCCAUCGGUGCCCAAGUUCCCCAGAGUGACGUUGGAGCCACUGGAUGUUAAGGAGGGAGACUCGGCGCUCUUGGAGUGUAACCCACCAACAGGGGUUCCACCUCGGCAACUGUACUGGAUGAACUGUACCGAUCUGAAGCACAUCAAGCAGGACGAGAGGGUGUCCAUGGGCCUCAACGGAAACCUGUACUUCUCUAAUACGCUGGCGCCGGACAGCCACGAUGACUAUUGCUGUUUUGCCUCCUUUCCCAAGAUACGCACUAUCGUUCAGAAACCACGCAUGGCUGUGAGGGUCAGGACAAUAAAUUCAAGCAAGGAUGAUGACAGUAUGUUUGCUCCAGAGAGGAAGCCGGGCAUUAUAGCACCUUCAGGUCAUUCAACCAGUCAUGCAAAAAAAGGAGAUGAGCUUCAGCUGGAGUGUAUCGCAGAAGGACUGCCAACACCUACAAUACAGUGGACUAAGAUGGGGGGCACCUUACCGGAGCGUGCAGUUGUCAACAACUUCGGGAAGCUUUUGAUCAUACCGGACAUCAUGCCAGAGGAUGAUGGGAAAUACACGUGCACGGCAGUGAAUUCUGUGGGAGAAGAUGUUCGGCAUUUCCAUGUUGUUAUGGAGGAGCCCCCCAGCUGGCAGGAGGAGCCAGUGACAAAUCUCUUAGCAGAGAUUGGAUCUGACAUCCACAUCAAGUGUUCGGCUACAGGAAAACCACAACCUUCAAUCACCUGGAAACGAAACGGGCGGCCUCUGGAUGAUUUCCCCUCCACAAAUCAGCAAGUGCUAGAUGACAGCGUAAUCUUACAUGGAGCCCAGAAGAGCGACAGCGCGGUAUACCAGUGCGAGGCCUCCAACAGACACGGGACCAUCAUCGCCAAUGCUAAUAUCCUGGUCAUGAAUCACCCACCUUUGCUUUUGACACGGAAUUAUCUGGAGUACGCCGCCAUGUUGGGGAAGAGUGUGAUUAUGGACUGUAAAGUCUUCAGCUCUCCGCCCGCCACCAUUCACUGGAGAAGAGAAGACCCAGAGGGCUCGGUAGAUGGGGAGAGAUUUUCUCUCCUAAAGAACGGCUCCCUGCAGAUUCACAGAGUCGAGAACGAAGACAUGGGCCAGUACAAAUGUUUCGCGAACAACUCGGAGGGCACGGCCAGCAUCUUCACUGAACUUUUCAUUAAAGCUUCAACCAGGAUUGUAGAAGCUCCUCAGGAUAUGAGUGUUGAAAGAGGAUCUAUGGCAGAACUGGAAUGCCAGGUGGAGUGCGACCCCACCCUGAGCAGAGAGCUGGAGGUCCUUUGGGUGAAGGAUGGUACAAAAAUCAUCUCUAACCUCUCAGAAGGAUAUGCCAUAGAUCAUGGGACUCUCCAGAUAACCAAUGUGAGCCAUAGUGAUGAAGGAAAUUACACCUGCGUUGUUCGAACAUCGCUGGACCAAAACCAGGCUUCUGCAUAUGUAACUGUGUUAGAUGUCCCUGAUCCACCGGUCCAGCUGAUGCUCUCUGACCUGAAAGAGCGAAGCGUGAAGCUCCAUUGGGAAGCUGCCUCUGAUCACAACAGCCCUAUAACAGAGUUCAUCAUCCAGUAUGAAGAGAACCACUGGGAGCCUGAGAAGUGGAAGGAGCUUCUACGAGUCGCCAGCAGUCAGGUCUCAGCCCCCCUGACGCUCUACUGCCACAUUAACUACCAGUUCAGAGUCAUCGCCGUCAACGCUGUCGGAAGAAGCCAUCCCAGCAUGCCCUCUGAACGAUACAGAACACCUCCUUGCGCUCCUGACAGGAACCCGGAAAACAUUAGGAUUGAGGGUCACCUGCCACAUCAAAUGGACAUCAGCUGGGAGCCUCUCUUGCCUGUGGAGCACAACAGUCCCGAUUUGGAAUAUAAACUGAGCUACAGGCUCCUGGGGGUCGAGGACAGUUGGAAAGAGCAGAUGGUGAAGAGACACUCAUUUCUGGUGGAAAACACCCCGACGUUUGUCCCGUACGAGAUCAAGAUCCAGGCCCACAACAAGCACGGGUGGGCACCAGAACCCAGAGUGGUAUCGGGUUAUUCGGGGGAAGACCUGCCCUUAGCAGCUCCAGAGAACGUAUCUGUGGAGGUUUUGAGCUCCACACUGCUGAGGGUCAGCUGGUUAGCGGUGCCUCAUGCCGCUCUCAGGGGUCAUCCUGUAGGAUACAUGGUGCACUGGUGGCAGACUCAAAGUCUUCUGACCUCUAAGAGAAUCCCCUCAGAGAAGCAGUCUCUCACCAUCCUUGGAAACAGAAGUCACACCAUGGUGCCAGGACUGAAGCCUUUCUCUGAAUAUAACCUGACUGUCAACGUCUUCAACAGGAAAGGGAACGGGCCCAGCAGCAGCGCCGUCUCUUUCACAACUCCACAGGGAGUUCCCGACAAACCUCAUAUACUGAGAGCCACAAACUUUCAAAAAAACUCCAUCACGCUAGUGUGGGCGCCUCCGCGCGAGACCAACGGCUUUCUCACGGGUUACCUGCUGCAAUACCAGACAAUUGGUGAGACCCUGGGCGAGCUUAACUCGGUGAACAUCAGCUCACCGGACACGACACAGUGGGUCCUGCACGAUCUGCAGGAAGACCACCAGUAUAAGUUCUAUCUGAGCGCGUGCACACGGGUGGGCUGUGGUUUGGUCGCCAGUGAGGAGGGAGGAACCGUCCCUGAAGCAUCUACUAGUAAGCAACUGGAGGCAUCCCAGCAGUGGAUUGUGGCACUGAUGUGUGUGAUGGCUUUGCUGACUCUGCUUGUCCUCAUCGGCUGUUUUGUGUUCAGGAAGAAAGGCGGCAAGUACGCAGUGAAGGAAAAGGAGGAAAUUCCAGCUGAUCCGGAAUCUCACGGCAUGAAUGAAGACGCUCCAUGCGACUACAGUGAUGAAAAACCUCUGAAGAGCAGCCAGCAAUUGUUGGGAGGCAUCAAAGAGGACGACAGCAGCGAAGACAGCUCUAUAAUAUCAGAGGACGACGACUGUGAGUUUAAUGAAGACGGCUCGUUCAUCGGCGAGUACGCGGGUUACAGACGCAGGGCGUCGGUGGAGGCCAACGGACACCCUCCAUUUACUUCUUAAGAUGCUGGUGCAACCUUACGGACUUUUAAACAAUUUGCAGGGAAAAAGACAUGUUUGUGUAUGUGUGUUUACGAGGUUGCUUGUGUGUGAAUGGAAUUUUUUUACAGUGUUACUAUAAAGGGUGAAAGGUGAAACAGUUCACCCAAAAAUGAAAGUUCAGUCAUUGUUUACUCACCCUCACAAAAAUAGUCUAUAUGACUCCAUACACCAUUUUUUUGAAGCCAUACAGUAGUUCUGAGUGUACAAAAGACAAACAUUUUGCAUAUAUAGUAUUUGCAUUCCAUAUGUGCAUGUAUGGCACGUUAAGACAUGCCAAUGCUAAACGUCUAUGGAGGAAAGAAAAUGAUACAGUAUGAGAUUUUAUCAACAUGACGGUGAAACAACGAUAACAGAAUUUUUAUUUUUGGGGUAAACUAUUACCAAUUUGUUAACACUUUGCAAUAAGGUUGUAUUUGUUUACAUUAGUAAAUGCAUUAGCUAACACGAACUAACAAUCAACAAUACUUCUACAGCAUUUAUUCAUCUUAAAAAAUAAUUAUGUGGGCUUAGUAAAUAUCACAAAAAUAAAACUUAAAAUCUUUUAAAUCAUUUAACUGUUUUUUUUAGUGGGACAUAAAAAAAAUGAUUAAAAAUCCAACAGUUAAUUUCUCAGUUUACAUAUAUUAUUCAAGUUUAUUUAAUGAAUUUAACUUUAAUAAUUAAAAAUCCAACAGUUAAUUUAU